CAUGCCACGCUGGCAAGAUUAUCACCGCAGGAAAAAGCGUUUUACGUUGCCCUUAAUGUGUAUGUUAGAUGCAUAGAUGGCGGGAUAGGGACGAACAAGUGAUGAUGUGGGCCUUUCUCGGCGCCUGAGGAAGCCGUCAGCCACACAUUGCAGGUCAAACCUACAGUCUCUCAUCCCGUACGAAGGAACCACCGCAGUGUGGAUUGCUAGAGCUCGAGGUGUGAAGUGUUGAUGGAAGUCCGGAAGGAGGCGCGGAUAGAACCUCCAUAUCUACGGUCGCUGUUGGCAGGCGGGAUAGCAGGCACUACAGUCGACGUGUCUCUUUUCCCACUUGACACGAUCAAAACGAGGCUUCAAUCAUCCGCCGGUUUCUGGGCUUCCGGUGGCUUUCGAGGCGUCUACAAUGGCAUCGGAUCGGCGGUAGUUGGCUCGGCGCCAGGCGCGGCUCUCUUUUUCGUCACUUAUGAAAGUGUCAAGGAGCAGUUUGCACACCGCAAACUAGGUCCAUAUGGCGAGGCUGGAGCACACAUGCUAGCAGCCAGCGUGGGAGAAGUAGCUGCCUGCGCAGUCAGAGUGCCCACGGAGGUGGUGAAGCAACGCGCACAAGCCGGACAGUAUCCGACUUCGUUGACGGCCUUGACGUCGAUACUAGCUCAGAGGAGUACGCAUGGCUUCUUCCACGUGUGGAGGGAGUUAUACCGCGGCUGGAGCAUAACGAUCAUGCGCGAGGUGCCCUUCACAGUCAUACAGUUUCCUUUGUGGGAGGCCAUGAAGAGGUGGUCACUCAAGCAGAGGUCUGUGGCGAGAGGGAAGGACGUGACAGGAGCAGAGAGCGCCAUUUAUGGAUCGAUCUCUGGUGCCGUUGCAGCAGGGUUGACCACACCGCUUGAUGUCCUUAAGACGCGCCUAAUGUUGGCGAAGCAGCGCCAAAGCAUUACUGCCAUCACCACGAAGAUAUGGCGGGAGGAAGGGGCGAAAGCAUUCUUCAGUGGUAUCGGACCGCGGACGAUGUGGAUCAGUAUUGGUGGUGCGGUAUUUCUUGGUAGCUACCAGUGGGCCACCAAUUUGCUCAGCGGUAAUUGACGGUCGUCGAAUCCUUCUUUAUGCGCUCGCGAAGCCCACUCGCCCGCAUGGGAAGUCAACAGCCUGCAUUGUCGGCGCACAGCACUUUCAGCACUCACAAUACUCGCAAACGCGCCUUCAGAGGCUCGGAGAGUCAAGGUCGCGCCACGGUCGAUCGCGCGAAGCCGAGUGUUUCGGACUGCCACGAAACUACCUAACAUCUCUCCCGCGCUUCUUGUUCGCGGCAAAAUGUCCGUCCAUUCAGCACAUACACUUUUCGAAGAGCAAGCCAUGUAAGUGUCUUGCCUGCGUUUUCG